CCUCGUGCAACAAAAAGAGUAACCAUUGUUGCGACCGCAUGCGGCGUCAAAGGGGUCACUCAGGAGGGUGAAACUUGCAGUAAGCUCAUCUUUGUCGAAUUUUCUUUUACGACCGUAUCUCUUUCAGCUUCCACAUUUUCUCUUUACGCUAAUGGCAAUCUUUGGCUGCUUCUCUGCGGGCGCCCGUGCCAAAGCAGUUUUUGCGCAUUUUAUGGUGGGAAAUGUUGGGUCUUAUGCAGUUUCCGACUGGCAAGAGGACAUCCGCCUGGCCGUUGAAUCUGGCAUCGACGGCUUCGCAUUAAACAUCGCCUCCCAGGACCCCUCAAUCCCGCCGUCCAUCCACAAUGCAUUCGAGGCCGCCGCGCCCACCGCCAACAAGUUCAAGCUGUUUUUCUCAUUCGACUACGAAGCCCAAGGUCCCUGGAGCAAAGAUGCCGUCGUCCACCUUGUAAACAAGUACAAGGCCAACCCGGCGUACCAGAAGCACCUCAACACGAGCAAGCCGCUCGUCUCGACCUUUGAGGGUGCCAAGCAGAGCGCAGACUGGAAGGACAUCAAGGCACAGACCGGUGCAUUCUUCAUUCCGGAUUGGAGCUCGAUCGGCGCCCCCGCCGCGGUCGCCACAGGGGUGGUCGACGGUCUCUUCAGCUGGGAGGCUUGGCCCAAGAGCGCGGUGGCCAUGACGACGGCACCCGACGAAGCUUACCGCGCCGCGCUGGGCAAGGACAAGGUGUACAUGAUGCCCGUGUCGCCGUGGUUCUACACCAAUUUGCCCGGCUGGGGCAAGAACUGGGUGUGGCGCGGCGACGAGCUGUGGCACGACCGCUGGGAGCAGGUCCUGGCCGUGCAGCCCGACUACGUGCAGAUCAUCACGUGGAACGACUACGGCGAGAGCCACUACAUCGGGCCCGUCAACGACAAGUGCCUCGGCCUGUUUGACGCCGGCAAGGCGCCGCUCAACUACGCCAAGGACAUGCCGCACGACGGGUGGCGCGCGUUCCUCCCGUGGGUCAUCCAGGCGUACAAGACGGGCAAGCGGCCCGCCGUGACGGCCGAGGCCGAGAAGCUCGUCGUCUGGUACAGGAAGAACCCGUCCACCGGUGGGAGUGAUAGCGGCACUACGGGCAACCACAGAGGCCACGGGCAGGUCGAGGUCAAGCCAGUCGAGGUGCUGCAGGACAGGGUCUUCUUCUCGGCGCUGCUGAGCGGGCCGGCCGACGUCUCGGUGACCAUCGGGGGCAAGGACGGGAGGGCUUCGUGGGAGGAUAGGCCGCAAGGGGGAGCGGGCCUGUACCACGGGAGCGUGCCGUUUGAUGGGCGGGAGGGAGACGUGGUUGUGAGCGUCAUGAGGGAGGGCAAGGCGGUGAAGCAGGUCAAGGGGGUUCCCAUCACGUCGAGAUGCGAGAGGAGCCUGGUGAACUGGAACGCCUGGGUUGGGUCCUCCUAGACCCCUGUAUGAUGACUUUAGACAUUUUCAUGAAUUUCCACAAAAAAAGUUCAAA